GAAUAAUACAUUUGGAGAUAAUGUGAUAAUUGCUUAUAUCAUGUGGCUGGGGUGAGCAGUUUGUAGCGUGUUUUUUAAUUUGUGACUUAAUGAUGAGCCCACAGCAAGAGUUGUUCAUGAGCGUUGGGUGUGUGUGUGUGUGUGUGUGUUUCUGUUGUACUCACAUCUUGAGCUGGAGCUAAAUUGUCCUUCUCAUCAUGUCAUGUGUGAUUAUUUCGCUUGGACAUGUUGUUAAAAGAGAUCUGUACAUUUAACAGUAAAUUACUGAAAAUUAAUUGCUGUAAAAAUUAAAAGCUGGAGCUGUAAAGUAUAUUUGUUUUACGGUUCAGGAAGACUUUAUUAAUGCUGUAAAAAUACAGAUCAGCAAAGAUGCACUGUGGUGUUGUUUAAAGUAGCAUUAAUUCGGUUAUUCCUGUGCACUGUUCCGAGUGUAUCGAGUCACAUCGGCCUAGUGAACAACGAAGAAAAAACUGUGAAGUACAUUUCCAUCAGACACUUCACCAGCUCAUGCAACUGAUUUGCUAACUGAGCUUAAGAAAUUAGCUUCCCCUCACACACACAUACACUCUUCACUCAGACUUCAGUUCAACUAACAUUAGCGCAUGGAAUUUAUCCUGUGUAACAGAUAAACCUUAAACCCGAGGUUCUCAAACUUUUAUCUCAGUGUACAAAGUUCCACAAACCUCCUGUUAGAAAUUUAUUUUAUGAACAUAAUCCAACAAUUCACAUAUUAGGCUCAUUAUUCAAAUGUGUACAGUGAUAUUUUGGCUAUUUAUUGGAGCCAUAGAGCUUUUUAUUUCUGAAUUUUCCCCGACAGAACCAGUUCACAUUGGUUACAUACCAACUUGUUUUUGAGGUUUUGAGGUUUGGAUUAAACCCUUUCAAUUCAAGUAAUUAUUUAAACCAGCUAAUUAUAGCAGCUCAAUGAUAAACAUAAUAACUUUGGUUAUGGUGAGAAAAAAAUUGACAGACCACUUUGUUAUCCUUGACGGACGCCUGGAGGUCUGUCUUAGGCUAACAUGAACCAAUUUAAGGGAGUGGUUGUCUAGGAUACCCCAGGGGUCCAUGAAGCAUAACCAAGUGGUCCAUGACCAUAAACCAUUAGCAGAGUUAUUAUGUUUAUCAUAAAAUUGUUAAUCUAACUUAUAUAAUUAUAUUUUAUUGUAUCUCAUCACUUUAAACCAUCCAGCUCAGCACAGAUGAGGCAAAAACAGCAGAGAAUCAAUCCCACAAUUCUUCAGGAAAAACAGAUUUCCUAAAAAGAGUUUUAUAGAGUAUCUGUAAUUAUGCCAUUGAUAAUGUACACUAUAUGGCCAAAGGUUUGUGGACAUCUGACCCUCACUCCCAUGUGGGCCUUCCCCAAACUGCUGCCACAAAUGUAGAAUGCCUUCGUAUGCUGUAGUAUUACAAUUUCCUUCACUGGAACUAAGAGGCCCAAACCUGUUCCAGCAUGAUAACACCACUGUGCACAAAGAGAGCUCCAUGAAGACAUGGUUUGCCAAGGUUGCCGUGAAAGAACUCGAGUGGCCUGCACAGAGCCCUGAUCUCAACCCCACUGAACACCUUUGGGAUAAUUUGGAAUGCCGACUGCACCCCAGACCUCCUCGCUCAACAUCAGUGCUUGACCUCACUAAUGCUCUUGUGGCUAAAUGAGCAAAUCCCCACAGUCAUACUCCAAAAUCUAGUGGAAAGCCUUGGAGAAGAGUGAAGGUUAUUACAAAAGGAGAACUAAAUCUGGAAUGGAAUGUUCAAAAAAAUACAUAUGGGUGUGAUGAGCAGGUGUUCACAUACUUCUGUCCGUAUAGUGUAUAUGCAGUUUUCAGACAGUUUUUAGAUUCUCUUACUUUUUGCUAUUUUUUUUUUACAUUAUAGAAUUACUUUUAAACUGAUGAAAAUCAUUCUUAUUCUCAUUCCUUUUUUCUUACUGGGCUUAGUGGUUAGCACAUUUGCCUCACACCUCCGGGGUUGGGGGUUCAAAUCCCACCUCUGCCCUGUGUGCACAGAGUUCUCCCUGUGCUUCGGGGGUUUCCUCUGGGUAUUCCGGUUUCCUACCCCAGUCCAAAGACGUGCAUUAUAAUCUGACUGGCAUUUCCGAAUGGUCUGCAGUGUGUGAUGUGUGUGAGAUUGUGCCCUGCGAUGAGUUGGCACCCUGUCCAGUUUGUCCCUUGCCUUGUGCCUUGAGUUCCCUGGGAUAGGCUCCAGGCUCCUCUGUGACCCUGAGUAGGAUAAGCAGUAUGGAAAAUGGAUGGAUGAAAAACUGAGCUGCAGAGACCUGGGAGCAAUGAAAGGGAAGAACAGAAGCUCACUUCUGCAAAGUAAUUUUAUUCCUUGAAAGGAAUAAAAUUUGUUGUUCUCCCAAAGAGUAACAUUAUAACCUACACAACAUAGUUUGCUGUGCACGAAACAACACUUCGGUGAGAGCCAGUGUUUAGCUCUGAGAAUCAUUUUCUUGAAUGUAGCUUAUGAAGCAAACCAGCUGCACUAAUAGCAGGCAUUGCAAAUUUUCCUCUGAUGUGCAUUGCCAUGGGUAACCUUUCACUUUUUUAUGUUUCUCAAAUGCAGUUCUCUGAAUUAUUUGGGCUGCAUAAUGUUGUUGUUGUUCUUGUUUCAGCUGCUCCUGUUAGGGCUCACCACAGCAGAUCAUUGGUCUGCAUAUUUUUUACUUUUUGUUUUUAUUAUGCCAGAUGCCCUUCUUGACGCAACACUCCUCAAUUUUAUACGGGCUUGGGCCCGGCACUGGCAGGGCACUGUCAUGUCGAACCCAGGUCGCAGUGUUGAGAUCACCGUGGCCUGAUCACUAGUCCUUCAGGGACCCUUGGGCUGCAUAGUAGUUGUACUUAUAUCAAAGGUACAUAUUUAUCCUCACACGAAAUUUAUGUACUAUAGCAUGGGUUGACAUAUCACUAGCCCAGGCUUCUGACUUUUUUUGUUAAGGUCACUAGCACAAUCAUGCUACAUGUUCAUAUACUUGUUUGUUUCCCUUAGUCUGUAUAAAUGCACUUUAACAAACUAUUACAUCAUAUUAGCUACCCCCUUUAGCCUUCUGAGUCAGUUAGGUCUCUGGGCAGCCAAAAUAUGGGACUGGAGCUUUCACUUUCCUGGUAUGCUAGCUAAUAAAUUUAUGAUUUUUUUCACCCCUGUACAGUCAACCUAACAGCGAAUUUACAGAUUUACUGUUGCUUUUACGACAUAUUUAUAAACAACCUUUAUAUAAAAUUGAUAAAGUCACCUUUCAUUAACUUUAAUGUACAAAGACAUUUAUAUCAAAUUUACAUUUAUAGUACUGCUAGAGGACAAAAUGUGUGCUUUAAGGCAUUGGCAAUAGAUUUUGUGUGUGUGUGUGUGUGUGUUUUGAAGGUAAAAUUAUAAAAAUGCAAGAAGCGUACUUGGAUGUGAAUGAGGUGGGAUUAGUGCUCACAGUCAUUUUGUCUAUCUGUGUAAGAUACAAGCAUCCAUGAAGCUCUAAAUGUGUCAGUGUUUCAUAAAUCUCUUUCUCGCUUGGCAGGGGGUUGGGUGUAAGAUGAAGUAAUCCCCCUCAGGCUUGGACACAGGGCAUGUCCACUAACAGCCCAAAUCUCUCAAAAGUGCAAUUCAAUCCCAUGACAUGUCUGUGCUAUACAGUAGAGCUCUACUGUGGACCUCUCAGUCAUGUCUAAGUGCUUUACACGGCUCUUCUCCAGAUCAUUUCUCAGUACACAUCAUUGCUGACUUAGCAGUCAUAAUUACUGAGAUUAUGCAACCUUAUAGCUUCAUACAUAUCUGGUUUUCUGACUAGCGUGCGCAGAUUUUGAUGUGUCUGCUGAAUCCUGGUUUAGUUUCAACCCACUUAAUAGAAAGAGAUAGAAAGAUGUAGAAAGAAACACAUCUGCUACCAAAGAACACAGAGCCGUGUUCCAGAUGCAGAUGUUCCAUUCUUUUCACUUCUACCUACCACAGAGUUACAGUGACUCCAGACUGCACUUAAGUGCGAGUAAAAGAAACUUAGUGUAUUUCCAUGUUGUUUGCAUGUCCACUGUGCUGAUUUAUUUAGCUAGUUUUGCUUAAAAGGUAAACAAGUACUGACACCAGAAUCUUAUUCCCAACCCACAUCACUUUCCAUUGCUUUAUGACUCCUUAUAAAACUUGACAACAUUGGUGAUGAUGGUGUCUCAACCUAGGUCCUGAGUGAUGAUUGGAUAUAUUAUAUCUAUGUUCUUAAUAGUUAAUACAUACCGCAGUCAGUGCUGUUUACUGAUGGAUAUCUGUGGGAGUUUCAUGGAUGUCCUUUGUGGGGUCUUGUAUAAAAGCUCAUGUCUAAUUUAUGCUGUUACUCCAGAAAGAGUGACUUAGGGUAAAUGUUCUUGUGUAAGUGCUUCUCUUGGAAAGAUAAAGGGUGAGGCCCGCAUUACACAAGACACACGACUGCUACCAGAACAAAAGGCCCAUUUUGUAAUAUGAAUCAGAGCUAGAAACAAUAUGGUUAAGAGACAUAAAUGAAAAAUGGUCUAAUAAUAAUAAUGUGGAUAUUUUCAUUUAACAAACAAUUUAAAAGAAUCUCUCUGUUAGGUAUAUGUGUAGUAAAAAUAGUAAUUUUAUCGAAACAAUUUUAUUUAAUAAUAUAUCAGCAUUUUCCUUUAUAUGCUGUAGUUUACAAAUGAUUAAAAUCUCUUCACUAUAGUCAAUGUAUAGGUAGUAAAAAGCUAAUUGUAUCACUAAUUUCAAAUGUUGUAAUAACCUAGAUUCACUGUUACAAAACUGAGUGACCCACAUUUUAAUUAUUCUCUUUAAUUAAUGCAUACAUUGUUGGUGGAAUUGUACAUUGCACAGCAUUAGAAAAGACAGUUAAUCCAAUAGUGAACACUCUGCCAAAUCCAGAAUUACAAAAUAUAGCAGAUCUUUUCCACAAAAUGUUUUGUUAAUCACAUAACCAUGUUAAUGGCAAAGAAGGACAUCCAGCUGCUGUUUGGCACUGGGACAUUAGCGUGUAUUAGUAGCAUUAGUGAUUGGAGGCUAAUCAACACUAAAUAAUAGUAAUAAGUGCUGCUGUGUGGUAUGCUUAGAGGCUGAUAUACUUCAUUAUGAUGGUGAAUGGUCAUAUAGGAUAAAGUGUCACUGGUGUGAAAGUGUACAACACUGAAGUUUCUGCUAGACUUAAGCAACAGGAGUCCUAUUCAGUCCCUCGUCCUCAGACUAAACCUCCCUCCAAAGUCCAGUAUGAUUGUAAAAUAAGGUGGAAAUUUACAGCAGCACAGCUUUUGUCCAUGUCCAUUUCUGUGCAAGCAUUUACACACCUUCUUCCAGAUAAAGAAACUUAGCAAUGUCUGUACUGAACUUGUGCCUAUACUGUACUAGUGAGAUGUGAAACUGGUUGGCUCCACUCUGCCUUGCUUUGAUUGUCAUCAUUAAUGAUGUCCAGAACACUGUAAUUUUGUGUCAUCUGUUCAUUAGCGUGUGAGUAAAUGAGCAUGGUAUCAGUCUGAUCCUCGAUACCAGUAUUGGCAUUGAUGCAUCCCUAAUUAAAAGUCUGCAUCCACAAUGUCACGUUCAUAAACUGUAUUCAAGCAAUCAGUUCUCAUAGCAAAACACUGAAGGACAUCUCAAAGUAAGCUCAGUGUCUGUCCGUCCCUGCACUGUGAGUAAUGUACAUUUUAAACACUCUUAAACAGACAUUACUAAAUCACUAUUUGCAAGGACAUAUUUGAGGCAGGUGUUGCAAGGGGAUACAGUUCCUCCGGGUUUAAAAGAAAUCUGGCCUUCGUGUAAUACUGCCAUACCAACAGCCAUCAACCACCUCCCCUUCAACCUUUGGAUUAAUGCUGCUCUGUGAGUUGAUUAUAUAAAAAAAUAGAUUGGUGCAAAGCAUGAGUACUUUUAAUGAGGUGGUUAUGCGAGACCUCGUAGAUUUGUGAUAUGCUGACUGAAGAUUACUAUUACAGGAUUGUCAGAAUGACUCACAGCAGCUCAAGGACAUCACAUUAUAGAUAUUUUUGUCAUGUGAUUCAGUAGUCAAAAGAAAGAAACUACACGUUGUUGCUGAUUUCAACUCAACUUGGCACAAAAUUGUGCAAAAGGUCUCUUAAUGAACCCAGGGUCUGACUUAAACAUCUGUCUUCUUCAUAUAUAGUAGUAACCAUUGUUGGCUACAUACAAACCCACACAGAUUAGGUGUUUUAUAGCUGUAUAAUCCAUUCCAUCCAUUUUCUGUACUGCUUAUUCUGGGGACUAGGGGCACAAGGUGGGGGACACCCUGGAUAGGGAACAAUCACACACCCCCAUUCACACACUAUGGACAAUUUAGAGAUGCCAAUCAGCCUGGGGAGACAAUGCAAACUCCGCGCACACAGAACAGAGCCGGGAAUCAAACCCCCAACCCUGGAGAUGCUUAUAGCAUUUUUAGUCUAGGAUGCUUUUAGUUCAUCAAUAAAUCAAUAUGAUAAUAGUUAGCCACUUAUAAAGCAAUCUGACUGUAGUAGUAUACUAAAUACUCUUUUGACAUCAUUCUUUCUUGGCCAAGAGGAGCGUCUCAAAACCAUAUUAAUAUACUCGUAUUAUUUCAACAUAUUCCCUUAUGUCUCAUAUUAGAAUAGCUUUUCAAUUAUCUGGUGUGUUUGUGUGUGCGUGUGUGUGUGUUUAUGGAGUUCACUUGGUGGAAGGCUGCUUAGGCCCUGCAUUAUUUAAGGAGGAACUGGAAGGAGUUAAUGAUCUUUCAGGAAACACAAUCCAUCUUCUUACUGAGCUCUGUGUUCUUCUCUGACAGAAGACCAGAGAUUUAGCUCCCCUCCCCAGAUAAUUACUGGCCUACAAGCUAAAAAAUCACUCACAUUCCCUCAUAUAACCCUGCCAUAAAACUUCCGAUUCCCUGCUGCCUAAUAACAAGGAACUUAUGCAUUUUAUGUUUUUCCCUUUUUUUUUCUUUGUUUUUUUUAAACUGGUCUUCAGCAGACUCUUUUCAUUUAAUAUUUUUUUUUUCUCAUUUUCUCAGCUUUUACCAAAUCCUAUACUGUCCUAUGAAGGUAUGCUUUUAUUUACUAUCUGAGUAGAAAUUAUAUUCCUUUGGGAUUUAUUUGAGUAAAUUUUAAUGGAAAGUGGAUAUUGUGGUGUAUGUUUGCAUUCCUCCUUGAUGCAGUUGACCUGUUCACAGGAAGUGAUGACCUAAGUAUUUGCCCUCCUUCAUUCUGUUACUGUAACUAACACUUUAAGUCAUCUCAGAGUGCAGUGGUCACAAAAGAAAGAAUAGAUUGAAUAGGAUGGUUUUUCAUGUGCUGACGUAUUGUGGGAUAAUUUCAGUUCAUGAGUGUACUGUCUUCCUAAUCUGAGAUACUUGAUUAAUACAGGUCUAACAUUUUCUGUUUUCCUUUUGUCUUUUGAUGUGAGAACUAAUUAACCUUAAUUAAUCAAAAACUAUUUUAUCAGAGCAGCAGUUCCUCCUGCUAAAACAUUCUCAUAUACUUACUGUGGGGUUUUGUUUUGUUUCUGAGAGCACUAGUGAAAAUGCUUCUGUUUUGCAUCCUUUUCUAAUUUAAUACAAUAAUUUUUAUUACAAAUUAUAUGUGAGUGAAAAGUAGAAUCUCUGAAAUAUUUACAUGAAUUUCAGAGUUUCUUAGUACUUGGUAUGUCCCCUUUUUGCUUUAAUGACAGUGUGCCUGCGAGCUGACACGGACUUCACAAGUUUCUGUAAAACCUUAUGAUACAUUUUAGAUCAAAUCCAUCAGAGUGUCGUCUGAACACCUGCUUCAAUAGCCAAGAAUAGGCAUAAGCAAAAUCUGAACUUUUGUACAAAGGAGUUUACAUGGUCGAUAUCACAAAUUUGCUUACAUUUAAGUGGUGACCUAGAAGUGGUGCAGAAUCUUGAAUAUUCAUAUUUUUAAAAAACUUUUUAAUUCUAAGUUUCUUUUUUUAAGUUUUAAAUGAAAAUAAAAACAAUCCCAGAUUUUCAAUGUGGUAUCAGACAUUUCAGACCCACAGUAACUAUUAGUGCUUGUUUUUCACUGUGCUUGAUAUAUGACAUACAUUUUAUUAGGAUUUAAGUGUCCAUUCGGUAUGUUUAUUCAUAUCUACGUUACUUUGAACACAAAAGACCCUCCCAAGCCAAUAAUGUAUAUGAUGCAUAUCUUCCACUUACCUGCCCCGUUACACAGUUACACCUGGAAACAACAACUCUCUCCAUGGUAUUAACUAGCAAUGCUGACUUAAACUCCACCAGCUAUGACAUCACUAACACAAACCAACCAUUUAGGUUUAGAUUGUCUUCUACUAACCUGCUUUAUUAAAGCAGUCCCCCUUAAGCAGAAACCCUUGUUGAUAAGAACAGAAUAAGACAACUGCAUACAGGCCAGACUACUCCUACACAUACACAGCAGAGAGCACUCAGCUAACGCAGAGAUGACUGGAAGGCCUGAGUGGAGAGAGUUGUGUGGAACUGUAAGAAGUGAACGCAUUAAUGCAGUGCUGCAGGGCUUCAUGAGAAUCAGACUGUUGGCUUUGUAAUCACAAAGCUUCCUUUCUGCUGCUCACCCAUCAGGCACUUUUAACCUCCUCGUGUACUCAAGUUCUGUAUGAUUUGCAAUGGACAAACAUAUUCAUUAGUACUAAAUAACAAGGUCAAUUAAUUAAUCUGAAUCAUAAUGAAACUAUGUUUUGUUUUGUUUUUGACUUACAGAGUCAGCUCCACAUUUACUGGCAGAGAUUGGUAGAAAAUGUUAUGAAAAAAUGACAGAAAUCUAUCUCUUAUUUGAAGUUAAAUUUUUCUAAGAAAUAUAAACCACUAGCAAACAUUUAUUUUGAACAAAACCGGCUGUCACAAUUAUUGGCACCCCUGCAUUUAGUACUUUGUGCAACCUCGCUUUGCCUUAGCAGUGAAUCUUCGAAAGUGCUUGAUGAAACUACAGAGCAAUGUAUCAGGGUGCAAUGGAGUUUUCAGAAAGUUGCAAUAGAUGUGAGCCUAUAAAAUGUGCAAAGUUUCUGGGAGCUAUGAGCUGUCAGGCCUGUGAUGGACUGAUGGUUGUUAAAGUGGGAAGAUGCUAUAUAUAUUUUAGAGCGGAUUUAAAACUUACUCUAUAAAUAGAUGUCACUGUAAGUUGAGCAGACUGAAGAAUAUCAGAAUGAAGAACUGAAAGUGUUGAUGGAUAGGUGAUGCUUCAGUCAUGAAAACAAGGGCCAUGUUUCAUUACAUAAAAUGUACUGUUGAAAUACACUAUAUUUCUUAUGACGGUUCGACAGGUAUGGUAGUUUGGAGUUGCUGAUGUGGUUCUUAAAUCCACACUUUGUCUAAUGGGUUGUCUGUGUGGGUUAUUUUUACCUAAUUGUGUUAGACCAUGUGUACUAGAUCAGAUUUAUUUAGAACAUAUUAUUUGAAGGGUGGAACAGUGGUGCAGCAGGUAGCAUUGAUUGAACUCCCUGGUUCAAUCCUGAGCUCUAAUUAUUGUCUGUGCAUAGUUUAACGUGUUUGCACCACGUUCUUUUGGGUUUACUUCCACUUUCCAAAAACAUACCGUAGGUGGAUUGGCUACUCUAAAUUCCCCCUAGGUGUGAAUGAGUGUGUGAAUGUGUAUGAGCACAGUGUAUUCCCACCUCCUUCGCAGCGUACCCAGGAUAGGAUCCAGAUCUACUGCAACCCUUACAGUGGUUACUGAAGAUGAAUGAAUAAAUGAAUAUCAUUUGAAAAUCAUGCUUCAUUUAAUUUCUGAUCAUUUAAUUGCCUUCGUUUUUGAAACUGACAAGUUAACACUUUCACAUAUUCAACCUGUUUCCUGUGCAUGUCCGUGCACUUCCUGUUUCUAUACUUGGGUAUUCUUUCCACAGUAGUCCAGCCUCUGUUCAUUCUGUCCAUUAGACUCGGAGAUUAUUGGUCUUGUACUGUAGUCUCUACAGCAGUCAAAUUUAGACAUUAAUAUCAUGUCAGUUAACUGUGAACAGAGCAUUUGCCAGGCCCGGGCCUCUGUGAUGAUCUACGAUGACACUAGCAAGAAGUGGGUGCCCAUCAAGCCAGGCCAGCAGGGCUUCAGCCGCAUCAACAUCUACCACAACACUGCUAACAACACCUUCCGCGUGGUGGGAGUCAAACUGCAGGACCAGCAGGUUGUGAUAAACUACUCUAUAGUGAAGGGUCUGAAAUAUAACCAGGCCACUCCGACGUUCCACCAGUGGCGUGAUGCCAGACAAGUCUACGGACUCAACUUUGCCAGCAAGGAGGAGGCCACCACUUUCUCUACUGCCAUGCUUUUUGCCCUCAAUGUGCUCAGCUCACAAGAUGCAGCAGGUCCAGCUGGUCAACGGCAGAAUGGACCAGCAACGGAUGACACAGAAGCACAGAGGAGGCAGAUGAUGGAGCAGCAUCAGAUGCAAAUUGAAAGGGAGCGACGGACAUCUGGCUCGGCAGUUUCCACCCUGCAGUUUAAAGUGUCUUCCUCUCAGUCCAACUCCUCUCCACCAGAAUACAGGCAGUUUCGUGCCAACACACUCCCCUCCCACACCCGCCUCGCCCCCUCCCCGCCUUCCUCCUCCUGCUCCUCCUCUUCCUCACAGGAGCGAGACAGCAUCUCUCACAUGAAGGACUCGUCUCAGAAAAAGGCUCAGCAGUUUUCACAGCUCUCCACCUCCCUGGCUUCUGCCUUCUCUCCCGUGCAGCCAGGGGGCACUCUGCCUUCUCGAAAUGUGCGUCAGAUCCCCCUCUCUCCCCCUACAAGUCGCCAGUCUCACCCCAAAGACACCACCUGGACCUCUGCUCAUAUCUAUGGCCCAAAUAGCUCCUCAUCCCAGCCACUCAUACCUCUUAACCAACUCGUACAUCCCGCUACCUCCACCCAGUUUGAUGCUAACAGCCAGUUAGAGCACUACUACCCCUUCCAAAACCCUUUCUCCAAGUCUGCCUCUGGGCCUCCUCCUCUCCCACAAUACUGUAAUCCUGAGCUCUCCUAUCCUUCCCACUGCAAGGAUAUCCCCCUUCCUGCUCACACUGGUCAGGGUGUUCAAGGCCAUGUCCACCAGCCACAGUUUGCUGCCUCUUUCAGCCCUCAGCCCCCCAGUGAAAACACGCCUUUCUCUUGUAGCUCUGUGUCACUCGAGACCACACCCCCUGCUGUUUCUCAGGCUGCCACGGCACCCAGCACAGGUCCUCCCAUUCCUCCAGGACAUCCCUCCAUGCUCUCCUCCACUCCCCCCCUCCACCCCCCUGCUCCUGCUCCCAUGGCAGGUCCUCCAGCUCCUCCACCUCCACCUGGACCUCCUCCCCCAGCUGCUGCACCUCCUCCUAACCCACCUCCUCUCCCAGCUCCAUCAGGCUUGGCUGCAGCUCUGGCUGGAGCCAAACUGCGCAAAGUACAACGGCCUGAGGAGAGCUCUGCAGGGCUGGGCAGUGCCAAGAACGAUGCCAGCCGCUCCAGUGGAGGCAGUGGAGGAGGAGGAGAGGGCCUCAUGCAAGAAAUGAAUGCCCUCCUAGCACGAAGGAGGAAAGCUUCUGAAAAACCUGAAGACAGUCAAAAUGAAGAGUCCAACGGCUCACCAGCCUCACGUGGCUCAGAUGCUCUGAAGAAGCCAUGGGAGCGAGCAAAUUCUUCAGACAAAUCUUCUGCUGGAUCAAGGUUGAGAGCUGUUGGCAGCACCGCUGACGGAGAAUCAGGAGACUUCGACAGAAUGAAACAGGAGAUCUUGGAGGAGGUUGUGCGUGAACUGCAUAAAGUCAAAGAUGAGAUAAUAGAUGCCAUUAGAAGAGAACUCACUAGGAUGGGUGCUACAUAGUGUUUAGAAGCAUGAUAACACCACCAGAAGGCUCUUGGGAAAGUACGGAAAGGAUCCUGUGGCGCUUUGGAGGAACGGUCUUGCAACAUAGCUGCAACGGCUUGGAAAAAGCUGGUAUUGCAGGAAUGUUGCAUCAACAAGGAGCAUUACAGAAAGGAGCAAGAGAAAGAAGUGAAAUGGAAGUGAGUGAGAGUGAGUGCUUGUAUGCAUGUGUGAAUGGGUGGAUGUAUGGAUGGACCUUCACACUGAAUUUUCUAUUUCCUCCUGUAUAAACAUUAAAAGACUAAGCCCACUGUGCAGUUUGCUGCUCCCAGUCUUUCAAGUCUUAAAGAGAAAUUUGACUAGGUGGACCUUGAUGAAGAUAUUUGUGUUUUAUACUGUUUUAUUGUUUCAUUACUGUUAUUGUAAAAGUAAUUUUAUCAGUGGUAUCAGCCAGAGAAAGAGAAACACAAAGUUGCUCACUUUUUAUGUCGGCGUUUUAUAGUUUAUCUUCAUACUUUGGUUUUUGAUAAGCACAUUCGGCACACUUUUGCGCUGGUCUGUCACCAUCCUGCAUUACAGUUUUAAUCUUUUUGUUUUGUUUUGUUUUGUUUUUUUGCCAAUACAGAUGUUCACUGGAUUUUUUUAGCUUGAAUUUGAAUUGGUAGUGUGAAGUUAUUGAUGAUGAUGGUCGUAUGAGAGAUGUAUCUGUAGCUAUAGCCCUGUGAAACGGCAGUUUGUGGACUCUCCUCAUUUGAUUUGAAAGAGAAUUGGUUCAUAAUAUUGGGUCCUAAAUUAUUAAAAUGAUUAGCCUAGCCUACUGGGUUAAUCCUCUUAAAAGUUAGCAUUCAAAUGAUCUUUGAAUAAAACACUGAAUCUAUAA